AUGUCAACCGAUCCAGAUCCACCGGCUGGCGCCACAUCUUUCAUUCCCCUCGAGGCGAAUCCCGAGCUGAUGAGCACCUUGCUACACACGCUCGGCCUCAGCACAGCUCUGCAGCUGCACGAUGUCUACUCGCUCGACGACCCAGAGAUGCUUGCUUUCAUCCCGCGCCCGGCUCUAGCACUGCUUCUUGUCUUCCCGGUCUCUGCUAUCUACGAAUCGCAACGUUUGGCGGAAGAUGCGACGCUGCCCGAGUACACGGGCAAGGGCGAGGGCGAGCCGGUGCUCUGGUUCCGCCAAACGAUUCGCAAUGCUUGCGGCUUGAUGGGCCUGCUACAUGCGACCGCGAACGGUCCAGCGCGGGGCUAUGUUGAGGAGAACUCUGAUCUCGACAAGCUCAUCAAGAGCGCCAUUCCUCUCGCGCCGGCAGAACGGGCCAAGAUCCUCGAGACGAACAACGCCCUCUCAAAAGCGCACCACUCGGCCGCCAGCCAGGGAGACACUGCGGCCCCUGCGGCGGAGGACGACGUCGACCUCCACUACGUGUGCUUCGUGAAGACCGAGGACGGGACGCUAUGGGAGCUCGAUGGCCGGCGCAAAGGCCCUCUGGCCAGGGGUCAGCUGGAGAGUAAUGAGGACGUGCUGAGCCAAAAGGCGCUGACUCUGGGCCCGCUGAAAUUUCUGGAGCGGGAGGGCGGAGACAUGCGCUUCAGUUGCGUUGCUCUGGCUGGAAGCCUGGAAUAG